AUGGGGAGCUACACCGCUGCUCCCCCUCUCAUCGUCGAAAUCGAGUCAAAGUCCGAAGCCAUUCCUGAACCGCCACCACCACCAAUACAACCACCGAUUCCGGCCUUGUUCGAUUCUCGGCGCCCUCCCAGGAUUCCGACACCAGAAGAGCUAAAACGCAAGGCUCUGUGGGUUGCGUUUCUGAAACAACGCUCCUCUGCCCCUGUUUCUGCUGGCUUCGUCCGUCCCACUGGCGCCGAAAACAAUCUCGCGAAUGAAGAUUAUACAAAUACCUUUCUCUCACACGUGCGACUGUUUAUUUUUGCAGAGUGCUAUGGUAUUGCAGCGCUAAUGACGCACUCUCUCAACGGGCUGCAUUGGACGCUGGAGAAUUUUACGGUGCAUCAAGAGAGGGUCGAUGAUGUAGUCACGCUGGUGGAAUACUGCUAUGAGAAUCUGGCUCCGGAACCAUUGAGAAAUCUCGUCACUCUGUACGCGGCUUGUAAGAUUGACAAGUUAUGGAAGAGCGACAAGUUCUGCGCGCUUGUGGAGGCGCAUAGCGAACUGUCGAUGGCUUUGCUUGGAUUGAUGGUGAAUGAGUUGUAG